UAGUCUCACCUUGUUAUCGUCCCUCCGUCCCACAAGAGCCACUGCUACAAACUCACGCCUCACUCCACUCAAAUUCUCUCUCCCAGUCUCGUCGACUCCCACCGCCGCGAAGUUCGUACUCGCCGGAAAAUGGAAACUCAGGCGACCGACUAUUUUUCUCGUUACCAAAGUGCAAACUUCACGUUACCUUGACGUCGCGUAUUUCGGGAAAACUGACCGUAUUUUGGAAAAACCCUGCGGAAAAGCAACAUUUUUUCUUUUCUUGACUUGGGAGAGUUUGGAAGUUAUUCCAUGCUUUGUCUCUCGAAUAUACUUUAUAAUAAUCGCUGAUUGUAGGUACCUGUUUCAGUUUUUGGUUAAGCGUCUUGGAUUUUGCUGAAAAGCGCUUCGGUUUUUGUCCGAAUUACCGGAGUCUUCGUCCUCAAAUUUUAUAAGUGAAGGCGGAGAUCCGUGCUCGGUCGGUGAUUUUGUUGUUGUCAGAGAUAUUAGGAUUCAGAUAGGCUCUAUAAUUUCUUGAAGCACCUAAAUGUUUUUUGUAAGUAGAGGUUAAAAUGGUAAAUUGAAUAUCGGAGUGCAGUCGAGAAUUUUCUCGUGAUACUGAUCACGCUGAUCAAUCCUUCCCCAAUGAAGAUCCAGCCGGUCGAUUGUCACACCCCUGAAGAGUUUCAGCCGGUGAAGCCGGUCGUGAAGUCACGGCUAAAGCAGCUCUUCGAGUGGCAGUUUCCGAACGUUCUCAGGAUUUCCGCCGCAAAGAAGGUCGGUGUCGAGGAGCCGCAUUUUAACAAGGACGUCUGUAAUGGCUCGUCGUCUGAGUUCGAGCCGAGUUCCCUGUGCCUGUCCAAGAUGGUGCAGAACUUCAUCGAAGAGAAUAACGAGAAGCAAUCCGGUGCGAUUAAGUGCGGGCGCAACCGCUGCAACUGCUUCAAUCGGAGGUGUACCGAUAGCUCCGAAGACGAUCUGGACUUUUACAACGAUUCUAAUUUUUCUUUCUCGACUGAAGCUUUGGAAUUUCUGAAGGGUCUGGUGCCUUGCGCGAGCGUGUGGGAGAGGAAUUUGCUAGCGGACACGGCGAAGAUCGUCGAGAAGAACAAGAUCUGCAAGCGUAAAGACGAGUUUUGCAGGAACGUUGUCACUGAUGGGCUACUGGCUAUGGGAUACGACGCAUCUGUCUGCAAAUCUCGCUGGGAAAAAUCUCCUUCCCAUCCCUCCGGACAGUAUGAAUACAUAGACGUGAUCAUGGGAGGCGAGAGAUAUCUGAUCGACAUAGAUUUCAGAUCGGAAUUCGAAAUAGCUCGAUCAACCAAGAGCUACAAGGCCAUCCUCCAGAUCCUUCCGUACAUAUUCGUCGGUAAGACCGAUCGUCUGCAGAAGAUCAUUGGCAUCGUGUCGGAGGCCGCGAAGCAAAGUCUAAAAAAGAAAGGCAUGCACAUCCCGCCGUGGAGAAAAGAGGAGUACGUGAAGGCGAAAUGGCUCUCUCCCCACCGCCGCUGCUUGCCCACCUCAAAGGCGACGACUCCCGAGCCUAUGGUGUCAAUUAGGACGAGCAACGUCGAGUUGGGAGGGAGUGGGGGAGAGGGGGAGUCGGCGGAAGAGAUCGAUUUGGGGGAGUCGGCUGAAGAGAUCGAUUUGGGGGAGUCGGUGGAAGAGAUCGAUUUGGGGGAGUCGGUGUUCGCUAUGGGCGAAAGUGGUGGAGAGGAAGAUGAGAAGUCGACUGUGGCGGAAGAAUGGAAACCACCGGAGGUUAAGCCCAAAGGUCCUAUGGUUGGGGUUAGGAUCGUGACAGGUUUGGCUUCGGUGAUCGAACAGGACUAGCCGUGAAGUUUUGAUUUUUUUUUUUUUCUUUUUUGUGGGUUUAUAAAACUAAGAUCUGAAAGAAUUACAGAUGUUAUAACCGUGUGUAAUCAUAUCCCCUUCUGUUUUUUUUUUAAUGCAAGGGAGGGGUAGAUUUUACUCUUAAUAUGAAUAAAAGUGUAAACGGAUAUAGUUGGUUAGAA